CACAGACCUGAAGAGCAGAGCGUGGGUAUAAAAGGGUGAGGUGCCUCUUCUGCACCACCUCUCCAGGGCACUGCACCUCCUAAGAGAGCCUGGCUGCCCUUUAUCAGACACUGCCUUCUGCCACCGGGAAGCCCGCUGGAGGUCUGGCUUUUCCUGUGCUCCCCAGAGCCAGGACACCUGCUGAUUCACGUCUGUCGUGUAUGGAGAAGGAAAGAUGAACGGACAGUCUUUGAGUGGUGGCACUGAUGACGCCCAUCAUGAUCCUCUUUGGAUAGACCCUUUUGGAAAUAGAGCCGGUAAGGCAGCGCCAGGAGGCUUCAGACGGCUAAACUUGUUCCUGGCACAAAGGGGGCAAGAACAGGUGCCAGAGGAAGAAAUGGCCAUGGAAGAUAUUCCCACCAUGGUUAAAGUAGACCGGAGUGAAAGCCAGAUUUUAUCCUGCCGGGGGAGAAGGUGUGGCCUCAAAGUACUUGGCUAUGUCACGGGAGAUAUGAAGGAAUUCGCCAACUGGCUUAAAGACAAGCCUGUGGUGCUCCAGUUCAUGGACUGGAUACUUCGUGGCAUAUCCCAGGUGGUGUUUGUCAGCAAUCCCAUCAGUGGAAUCCUGAUUCUGGUGGGACUUCUGGUCCAGAACCCCUGGUGGGCGCUCUGUGGCUGUGUAGGAACCGUGGUCUCCACUCUGACAGCCCUCUUGCUUAGCCAAGACAGAUCAGCGAUAGCAGCCGGUCUCCAGGGUUACAAUGCCACCCUGGUGGGAAUACUCAUGGCCGUCUUCUCAGACAAGGGCGACUACUUCUGGUGGUUGAUAUUCCCUGUAUCUGCUAUGUCUAUGACUUGCCCGGUUUUCUCGAGUGCGUUGAGCUCCGUGUUCAGCAAGUGGGACCUGCCCGUCUUCACUCUUCCUUUCAACAUGGCUUUGUCCCUGUACCUUUCAGCCACAGGACACUACAAUACGUUUUUCCCAAGUAAACUCUUCAUGCCUGUCAGCUCCGUGCCCAACAUCACGUGGUCCGAGCUCAGCGCCCUGGAGCUGUUGAAGUCUCUUCCGGUGGGAGUCGGUCAGAUAUAUGGCUGUGAUAACCCGUGGACAGGGGCCAUUUUCCUGUGUGCCAUUCUGCUUUCCUCCCCACUCAUGUGCCUGCACGCUGCUAUCGGAUCGCUGCUGGGAGUCAUCGCAGGUCUCAGUCUUGCAGCUCCGUUUAAAGACAUCUACUCUGGGCUCUGGGGUUUCAACAGUUCCCUGGCUUGCAUUGCGAUCGGAGGGAUGUUCAUGGCACUCACCUGGCAGACCCAUCUCCUGGCCCUUGCCUGUGCCCUGUUCACUGCCUACUUCGGAGCCUGUAUGACACACCUGAUGGCUGCGGUUCACCUGCCAGCUUGUACCUGGUCCUUCUGCUUGGCCACACUACUCUUUCUCCUGCUGACCACGGAAAAUCCCAAUAUCUACAGGAUGCCCCUCAGCAAAGUUACCUACUCCGAGGAGAACCGCAUCUUCUACCUACAAAACAAGAAAAGGGUGGUGGACAGCCCGCUGUAAGAGCAACUCCACCCAGCCACCGUGGUCACGGGUCAAUUCUAAGCACAGCUCUAGUUGCCUUCUGGGUUCUCCCAAUUGCUUUUCUUCACUUGGAACAGCUCUCGUACUAUCAGGGACUCGUACUUUUGCUUGCUCCAUUCUCCUUCUUGACCGUAUAUUGUCAAUCAUAUGAGAGCGGUGUCCGGGUGAUCUUCUCUGGAAUGGAAUUUAGACCCCACUGUGUGCUGGGGGGUUCGGCAGGAGUAUCACUAAGACUGUAUUCACAGUCAAAAUGCUCCAACGGAGAGAAGAAAUGAAUGCCGCAGCAAUUAUUGUCCUUUAAAGCUACCUUCAGUGUCAGUAUUAACAAUGGAGCUCUGAAAGCCUCGCAGAACUCACAGGCAAAACAGCCCAGCGUGCUCAGAUAGGCCGUGUGCUUUCAGAAUCAGUGCAAGUUCCUCACAGCAACCGUGUCCAACGCCGCAGUGGGGCAGGUUGACCAAAGCGCUGGUCCCCAGCUCACCAGGAGAGUAUGGAUGGUCUCUUCAUGAGGAUGGUUAGGGUGUUUUUCUAAGCUGACUGAGCUGUGGGAAGGACUUUGUUGGUCAAAUUAGUUUUUGCAUUGCCACUCUCGGAGUUUGCAAAAUCUGGUAGAGUUUAUUUAUUCUUUAUGAAAAUAAUAUUUUCCCACUGAUACAUGUUUGUGGCUCGCCAGUUCUUAGACAUUAUCUAAAAUGUGUAAAUGCAUAAAAUACUUAGCAUAGUCGUUUACUUUAAAUAUGUAUGCAUUUUAGUUUGGGGGAAAUGUUUGACAUAGGACCUUGCUAUGUAGCCCAGGCUAGCCUAGAACUGAGCACCCCCCUGUUUCCAUUCCCUAAGCAUCAUUGCUGUAGGUUGGGAGUUUUAAGUGUUUCAAAUAUAAGGCAACUUGUGUCUGUGGCCUUUUCAUGGUUUAAUGAAUUUGAGGGUAUCAUCUGAACACCAGCAGCCAAACCACACUCACAUGGUCUUUUCAAGAGCUUU